UGUAGCAGUACAGUGAAAACUAUAUUUUGACGGUGAUGAUGUACGGAAGGAAACUCAUCCCAACGUUCGAAUUUCGACCGUUAAGACCUCAAAACAAGAACAAAAAACUCCCCGCACCUUAAUGAAAGCAUAAAAAUUCGACCGUUGCUCUGGCCCUUCAAGAAGUCUUUCAUCCCGCUCUUAUCCACUAACAAAACCCCAACAGUUCGCUCUCCUAUCUCAGUUCUCUUUCCAUUUCUUAACCUCUUCAUCUCACUGCUACAGAUCCACCUUCCUUUUCCUCCACAUUUCAUUUCUCGACCCAUCUUUCUCCUCCCACAAUCUCCCCUGCUCUCUUUCUCAUCCCCAAAAAUGGCAGAAUCUCAUUUAAUCGAAAUACAGCCGCAGCAAACGCUCUUUGCUGCAAUGCAACGUCACCCACUCGCCGAAAUCUCUGCAAGCCCGGGCCAUCUUCUUCUCCUCAAGCUCUGGCAACGAGAAGAAGAGCUUUUCACCAGCCGCAUAGGAUCCAAAGAAACAAAACUUGACGCCAUUAAAAGGGAGGCUUUCAAGCUCUGUUCUUUAUUCUUCUUCUUUCAUGGCAUCUUCCUCACUCUGCUCUUUACCACUUCCUUAGGACAAACAGAGAUGCAGGCGUGCCGUGGCUGGUGGGUGCCUGCCUUCAUCUCCCUCGUGACUUCCCUUGUUCUUAUUUUCUCCGUGCAGUUGAGGAUUUGUAGUUAUUGGAAGAUUUAUGGACAGUUGCAGAAGGAGAGAGGAGAAGGGAGGGCGUUGUCUCGGUGUGUGCAGGAGUUGAGGAUGAAAGGGGCGAGCUUUGAUCUGUGUAAGGUGCCGCAGGUGCCGAAGAGGAUGAAGAGCUCGAGUGUUAAGGUGAACUGGAAACCAAUUAAGUGGUUGUCCAGAAAUGCGGUGACUAUUUGUCUUCUCUGUUUUUCAGGGCUGGUUUUUCCUGCUUGUAAAUUUAUUCUGUGUGGGUGAAGUUGGCUUCUUGUGUUGAGCUUGGUUUUAUGAUUUUGGUGGUGAUUUGAUUCUAUUUGUUGGUUUCUUUUUUAAAUUUUUUUCUUCCAUUUCUUGUUGCCCAGCGUGAUGGAAUAUUUAAUAAUAAAUGUUAUUUAAUUAUU